GUAAUAUAAACCCUCCUUAGUCCUUCUAAAAGUUGCCAAAAAAUUCAAAAAUAUUUUUAAUCUCCUCAAAAUUUCAAAACCCCUUCCCAGGCCUUCGAGAAAAAUUCUUCCUGUGGCCGUCAUUGUCACCACUCUCAUUUGGACGAUGGCCUUUGUGGAAGAUUUAUGAGACGUAAACUGCUUGGACAACAUGCAAAUAACUCUCUUGGACGUCAAAAUGAUCCUUAUGAUUCUUAUCGUUUAAACGGUAAUUCUAACGCUGUGAUAGAAGACGGAAACGAAGCAGAUUUGUAUUCCUUACAAAUGGAUAUGCCAAUUAAAGUCUUAAACGGGUCGCCAGGCUACAUAAAUAUUCUCGACGGGUUAAACGCCUGGCAAUUAGUAUCAGAAUUGGCAGAAGCAACAGGUCAACCUGCAGCUGCAUCCUUCAAACAUGUCAGUCCAGCAGGUGCAGCAAUCGGUGUCCCUCUAAAUGAUACUGAAGCACAAUCCUUAAUGGUGGCAGACUUGUCGAUAGACCCUCGCCGUCCAUCGCUGGCAUCAGCACUUGCUAGGGCAAGAGGUUGGAAAAGAGAAAUGAAAUACAUAUUUAUGGGGGACUCCGGGUGUGAGGGGAUAUUAGGAUAUAAGUGUUAG